UGCCUGCGACAGAGAACAUAGCUUCUGUUAAGCAAGAAGGAAGCGCCUGCGACAGAGAGAAACUGUCGGAAGCCAGCAAUGGCGAGUCAUCAUCCAGCGAUGGCCGGCUGACUUCAUUGCGCAGAUUUUAUGAGGGCUUGUUUGACACAAAAGGGCGCCUGCGACAGAGAGAAACUGUCGGAAGCAAGCAAUUGCGAGUCAUCAUCCAGCGAUGGCCGGCCCUAUGUGAAGAACGGCCCAAUUUAUUGAAUUUUUCAUCUUGCCCUGAUCCAACCCCGAUCGCAUUCUUUCGAUAUACAUUUCCAGCACAUAAAGAUGAAAGGAUUCUGCGUGAUUGGGAAACAUGGAUGCAAGAAAAAACAGCGAUUCUUGUUCGUCGUAAUGUACGUAGUACCAAUCUUAAUCUUCACAAAGAGAUAAGCACGUUGUCAUUAAACAAGGACGAAUCAUUGGGUAAUAAAGAUGAUAUCAGCGAUGGCGACAGUGAUAAUAACUUCAUAGAACGUAUAGAAGAAAUUCAACCAACUACUCGUCGAUCGUGGGUUCUCAAUAGUGGUACCAACGUUGGAGACGAAUUAGCAAAAUAUGUUAAGACGAUUCCUGAGGCUCAUAAAUGUUUGAACCUCGCGUACUGGAACAUUCUCGAUUUAACAGAAGAUACUCAAAUAAAAUCUUUUUUUUCAACGGAUGACUGGGAAGAAAUAAAUGAAAGCUUCAAAAAUGAUGUAAAGUUAGAUGAAUCAGAUAUACCGAAUGUUGUUGAAUAUUUUUUCGACGAAGUAGAAAAGAUAACCAAAAAAGAUGAUGAAUAUAUCAUCAAUGCGAUUGAUGAUUUGACUCCGGAGAUGAUAGAAAAAAAUAGAAAAGUCAAAUUCAGUGAUGAGGAAAAGGAGAUCUUUAAAGGAUUAAGACGUGCCGUUAUUACCUACGCCGAAAAUUUGAAGGAUCUUGAAGUUCCCAUAUCAGAAGCCGACUUUGACAAUUCAUUUCCAAAUAUCGGGGAAAUUGCUUGUUGGGCUUCUGCCCGUCGAAGAAACGAAGGACGCUCAAUAGUCCUCCGAGCACGUAUAGGCCAAAAGUGCGAUUUUCGGGGUACUUUGAAAAAUAGUAUUAAUAACCUUGAAGCCAUUAUUGGCCUUAGAAGUGGCGGUCUCCCUGUUGCACAUCGCAAAAAAGUUCACGAGGAUAGAGCGGAUCUUUCCGUAGCAAUGCGCGAUGUCCUGUAUAAUUUUUUCAAAACAAAUCCCAAUGCUUCUGGAAAUGAUCUUCAUAGUACAUAUGUACUUGGAAUUCAGUCAUGGGGGUGGAUCCACGAAACUUAUGGCAUGGACUGUAAGGCUACAAAUGUAUUACGCUUAGGAAGGCUUUCUCAGAAAAAGAUGCCCAAUACUUUAAAAACGCUUGCAAUUCUUGAAGGCUUUUAUGCUACUAU